AAAAAGUCAGAAAGAUGACAAAGCUGAAGAUUUCUUUUUGUCUUUGAAGCUUCUAUUUUUGUUGCUAGUUACGGUGGAUUGAUAUUUGGAGUAUUGAAAAGAUAGAGAAAGAGAACAGAAUUUUGAUGCGGGUUUAGUCUUAAAGGUGAACAAUGCUCGGGAAUCAAUCCGCGGAUUUUAGCGAGAACGGGGAUGAUGAGAUCAUCAGACAGCUUUGUGCAAAUGGGAUUUGUAUGAAAACAACUGAAGUUGAAGCAAAGCUUGAUGAAGGAAAUAUCCAAGAAGCUGAAUCUUCUUUGAGAGAAGGAUUAUCUCUCAAUUUUGAGGAAGCAAGAGCACUUCUUGGAAGGUUGGAAUACCAAAGAGGGAAUUUAGAAGGCGCACUUCGUGUCUUUGAAGGUAUUGACCUUCAGGCAGCUAUCCAGCGGUUACAGGUUUCCGUGCCUCCUGAGAAACCAUCUACUAAGAAAAACCGUCCCCGUGAACCGCAGCAAUCAGUUUCUCAGCAUGCUGCUAACUUGGUGCUUGAAGCUAUCUACUUGAAAGCCAAAUCUCUUCAAAAGCUUGGGAGAAUAACCGAGGCUGCACGCGAAUGCAAGAGUGUUCUUGAUUCUGUUGAGAAAAUAUUCCAGCAAGGGAUACCAGAUGCUCAAGUGGAUAACAAACUUCAAGAAACCGUUAGCCACGCAGUUGAACUACUUCCUGCGCUAUGGAAAGAAUCUGGUGAUUAUCAAGAAGCAAUAUCCGCUUAUAGACGAGCGCUUUUAAGCCAAUGGAAUCUUGAUAAUGACUGUUGUGCAAGGAUUCAGAAAGAUUUUGCAGUCUUUCUUCUACAUUCUGGAGUCGAAGCGAGUCCACCGAGUUUAGGUUCUCAGAUAGAGGGAUCAUACAUACCUAGAAACAACUUAGAAGAAGCCAUUCUUCUUCUAAUGAUUCUUUUAAAGAAAUUUAACCUUGGGAAAGCGAAAUGGGAUCCGUCUGUGUUUGAGCACCUUACCUUUGCGUUAUCUUUAUGUAGUCAGACCUCGGUUCUCGCCAGGCAGCUUGAAGAAGUAAUGCCUGGUGUGUUUAGCCGUAUUGAGCGUUGGAACACUUUGGCUCUUUCUUAUAGUGCAGCAGGUCAAAACAGUGCUGCAGUUAACCUUCUUAGAAAGUCUCUGCAUAAACACGAACAACCCGAUGAUCUUGUGGCGCUUUUGUUAGCUGCUAAGCUUUGCAGUGAAGAGCCUUCUUUAGCUGCAGAAGGUGCAGGCUACGCGCAGAGAGCGAUAAACAAUGCUCAAGGUAUGGAUGAACAUUUGAAAGGCGUUGGUUUGAGGAUGUUAGGACUUUGUUUGGGGAAACAAGCGAAAGUUCCCACAUCGGAUUUUGAAAGAUCUCGGCUUCAAUCAGAAUCAUUGAAAGCAUUGGAUGGAGCUAUAGCUUUUGAGCACAACAAUCCUGAUUUGAUCUUUGAGUUGGGUGUUCAAUAUGCUGAGCAACGGAACUUAAAAGCUGCGUCCCGGUACGCCAAAGAGUUCAUCGAUGCAACGGGAGGGUCGGUGUUAAAAGGAUGGAGAUUUCUCGCGCUUGUUUUGUCGGCUCAACAACGGUUUUCAGAAGCUGAAGUUGUGACUGAUGCUGCUUUAGAUGAAACCGCAAAGUGGGAUCAAGGACCUCUCUUGAGACUUAAAGCAAAGCUAAAAAUCUCUCAGUCAAAUCCAACAGAAGCCGUUGAGACUUAUCGUUACCUUCUUGCGUUGGUUCAAGCGCAAAGGAAAUCUUUCGGACCUCUCAGAACUCUUUCUCAGAUGGAGGAAGACAAAGUGAAUGAGUUUGAAGUGUGGCAUGGCUUAGCAUAUCUUUACUCAAGCCUUUCGCAUUGGAACGACGUAGAAGUCUGUCGAAUGUGGGAAGGACGAAAAGAGUUCAAACCCGCGUUAGCAGCUUUCUUGGACGGUUUAUUACUAGACGGAUCAUCGGUUCCUUGCAAAGUAGCGGUUGGAGCAUUGUUGUCUGAAAGAGGGAAAGAUCAUCAGCCGACUCUCCCCGUGGCGAGAAGUUUGCUAUCAGAUGCAUUGAGGAUCGAUCCGACAAACCGAAAAGCUUGGUAUUACUUAGGAAUGGUUCAUAAAUCUGAUGGACGUAUAGCUGAUGCUACUGAUUGCUUCCAAGCUGCUUCUAUGCUUGAAGAGUCCGAUCCUAUUGAAAGCUUCUCAACCAUUCUUUAAAACCCCAAAAACGUAUCAUAAAGAUUUAUAUUUAUCUGUUCAUUUUUUGUCUAUCAUCUCAUGUACAAUUUGAACAUCUUACUUUCUUCAAACUAAAUAUAUAUUCUUUUCAUGUUAGGCCUGCUCGCUUUAGUUGUUCGUUAGUUCUUAUGUUCAGAACUUAAGCUUAAGAUGCUGAAUUUGGAUACAAUUUUGUAUUUUCGAGUUUUGUAAUCAAGAAACCAUGUGAUUUCAC